AGCUGUGUCUGUGGCCCGGUGUGUCAACUGUCAUGGAUCCGGUCUAACCCAACUUAGCCCGCUGGUAGGACUCUGUGAUUAUCAGCCAGCAUUAGAAGCUGCGGGGAUGGACGCGGCUGAUGUGAGCCAGCUGCCCGACGAGGAGCUGCUGAUGCUGGGGAAGGAUGACCUGGUCCGGAGGCUGAGGCGCUUCGAGAGCCUCAACAUGGACCUGAUCGUGGAGCACGGAAACAUGAUGAAGGAGGUGAACCGGAGCCUGCAGGUGCACCUUCACGAGAUCCGGAGUCUGAAGGAGGCCAACCAGAAACUGCAGGGAGAGAACCAGGAGCUCCGGGAGCUCUGCUGCUUCCUGGACGAUGAUCGGCAGAAGGGCAGGAAGGUGUCCCGGGAGUGGCAGCGCUUCGGCCGCUACACCGCCAGCGUCCUGUGGAGGGAUGUCGGGCUGUACCAGCAGAAGCUGCGGGAGCUGGAGGGCAGUCAGGAGGCGCUGAGGAGUCGGACAGAGAACACGGAGCUGAAGGAGAUCCUCCUCAUGCUGGAUGAGGACAGGAGCGGACCCGGCUCGCGGAGCUCCAUAGACAGCCAGUCCAGCCUCAGCAGCCUCACCUACCCGGCGCAGCUGCGGGACGCCGGGGACGGGAGCAGUUCAUCCAGCACCGGAAGCGCCGGGAGUCCGGACCACUCUCACUCAGGGCCUGAGGGGAAGAUGGGCUCCAUGAGGCGGGCUGCGGACCUCCACAGAGGAGCCGGGCUCAGUGGCGGUGUGGAGAAAGCUGGAUGAAGCCGUUGGAUCCAGCAAACUGUUUUAAAAGACCCUUAAAGACACCAAGGGAGCCACCAGAGGUCCCAACAUCCCUACACUGCUGCUCUGGACUGGAGGCUCUUCAGCACAGUGUGUGUUCUGUCAAACCAGGGUCUCCUCAGCCUGAAGACAGAAUGGAUAUCCUGUCCUGCAAGACAUUCAUAACAGCCACUCUUCUACUCUGGGUCACAGACUUGUGCUGUAUCUCAUCUUGGAAACCUUCCUUAUUACACUGCCAUGUCGUACUCUGUGAACACUGCGCAGUGUGUACAUUUAGACCAUGUUGUGUUGUCUCAAAUCACACACUGCUGCUGUGCCAUCGCCAGAAGUGAUGAAUGCUGCUGUUAGCUAGCUAGCAAUGUUAUCGUUUGCGGUAGCCAAUCAUUACGUACUGCUCAAUUUACCCAAUAGAAAAUGGAUAGCUUCUUUUCAACACCAGUGAAGUGAUACGUUAAUAAAUUGAGAAAAAAGGCCAAAUGUAUAACCUUUAUUUUUAAAGUGCUACGUUCACAGGAGCAAACAAAUCACGGCUGGAGUUGCACAGCAAUCCACAUAAAGUGUUUUAAUCGUUACUCCUACAUUUUGCCAUGCUUUUUUAUUUUUUUAUUUAUUGGGAAAAUAUCCAAAAUGCAUUGCUUUUUUGGUCAUUGAGUUAUACCUUGAAGGGGCAUUUUAGAGAAAGAAGAGGGCUGUGUAAAAUAUAUAUAUAUUUCAGUAUAUAGAUAUCUAUUUAGGUAACCUUGGACUAGCAUGACUUGUAUUUCUAAAUAAGCUGUAUAUAGCUGACAGUAUUUUAGCAGUCGAUCAUAGUGAUAUGAACACAUUGAAAAAGGCCAUUUGUUGGUGAUCGUAACAUGAGGAGGAAUUUCUGUCAGAAAAAGUACACAAAAGAAGUAAAAGUACCUGUGAUUGAACAGGAUACUUAUAUCUGAUGAUCUGAACAACCAAUUCAUAUAAUGUUGGGCAAGUUUAACUUACAGUAUAAAAAGGCAUUGUGUUUAACAUCCUAUAGUCUGUUUCCAGACCUCUGAUCACUACAGAAUCUCCAAUUGGUUCAGUGAUCGAUAGUGAAUGUAUCCCAGCAAAAUGGCAAUUAAUUUGAAUCUAAAAUGUUAGGUCAGAUACAUUUGGAUUCAAAAAUAUGUAACAUAAAGCCUAAAAAGUCAAUACUUACAUUGAUCAUUGGGCCACUAUAAUAAAAGGACAUGUACUUAAAAAACUGAGAAAUAUCUGUUCAUACAAAUAUUUGUAUCUUUUAGUUGAAUUUUUAAUUUGGGAAUGCUGUCAGUGAGGAGGAAGGAAAAAGUUACCAGGGGAGUUUCAGUGAUGGCUGCCAGUCUCCAUGUAUCCACUAGGUGACACCAUAACCCCAUGAAAUGGAAUCUGGAAGGACACUAUAGUGAGAUGAGAGUGUUGCAUAUGUGUGUUGAUGUCUGUGUAGUUGGUAUCCUAAAUCUACCCUAACAUGUGCCCUGUGGCUCAAUAGUGCACAAAUAAAAUCGACUUUGUACAUAUUGUAAAAAAAAUCCCAAAUUAGGAUCAAUAAAGUAU